CAGUGUCGAUCAUCGGUUUCAGUGUGUCGGCUCUGUUUGUGAAUCUGUGAUCUUCUAGCCUUGCGGAGAGACAUCAUGAGGAUCGCCGUGAUCCUGCUGUUGGGCGCCUUGGCGAUCGCCAGUGGCGCCGUGCUGAAGAAGAGCGGCGAGACGCCCGAGGAGGAGGAGAUCAGAGCUGAUCAGCGCCUCAAGGAGAUCAAUCAGGAGCUGGCCAGGAGGAAGAACAUCAACACAGUGGCUGCCUGGGCUUAUGCAUCCAACAUCACCGAUGACAAUCUCAAGAGCAUGAACGAAGUGUCGGUGGAAACGGCCAAAUAUCUCAAGGAACUCGCGUCGGAGUUGAAGGAGUUCCGCGUGAAGGACUUCAAGAGUGAGGAUCUCAAGAGGCAGAUCAAGAAGCUGUCCAAGCUGGGCUACAGCGCCUUGUCAUCGGAGAAGUACAAGGAGAUCCUGGACGCAAUCACUGCGAUGGAGUCGAACUACGCAAAGGUGAAGCUGUGCUCGUACAAGGAUCCCAAGAAGUGCGAUCUCUCGCUGGAGCCUGAGAUCACGGAGAUCCUGAUCAAGAGCAGAGAUCCCGAGGAGCUGAAGUACUAUUGGAAGCAGUGGUAUGACAAGGCUGGCACUCCGACUCGGGAGAACUUCAACAAGUACAUCGAGCUGAGCAAAGAGGCGGCCAAGUUGGACGGAUUCCAGUCAAGCGCCGAGUCUUGGUUGGACGAGUACGAGGAUGAGACGUUCGAGGAGCAGUUGGAGAGCAUCUUCCAGCAGAUCAGACCACUGUACGAGCAGCUGCACGCCUACGUGAGAUUUAAGCUGAGGGAGAAGUAUGGAGGCGAAGAGGUGCCGGAAAAGGGACCAAUUCCCAUGCAUCUGCUGGGCAAUAUGUGGGGCCAGACGUGGGGUGAGGUGGCCAGCAUCCUGGUGCCCUUCCCGGACAAGAAGAUCCUGGACGUGACGGAGGAGAUGGUGAAGCAGGGCUACACGCCCACUUCCAUGUUCCAGAAGGGCGACGAGUUCUUCCAGAGCCUCAAUAUGACAAAGCUGCCGGACAGUUUCUGGAAGAACAGCAUCUUGGAGAAGCCCGAAGACGGCCGGGAGUUAGUGUGCCACGCCAGCGCCUGGGAUUUCUACGACCAGGACGACGUGAGGAUCAAGCAGUGCACUCGCGUGACAAUGGAUCAGUUCUUCACGGCGCAUCACGAAUUGGGCCACAUUCAGUACUAUCUUCAGUACCAGCAUUUGCCCACUGUCUACAGAGAGGGCGCCAAUCCAGGAUUCCACGAGGCCGUUGGCGACGUCUUGUCGCUCUCAGUCUCCUCGCCCAAGCAUCUGGAGAAGGUCGGUCUGCUGAAGGACUUCAAGUUCGACGAGGAGGCGCAGAUCAAUCAAAUGCUGAAUCUCGCCCUGGACAAGAUGGCCUUCCUGCCGUUCGCCUACACCAUUGACAAGUACCGCUGGGGCGUCUUCCGCGGCGAGAUCCAACCGUCCGACUACAACUGCAAGUUCUGGGAGCUGCGCUCGCAAUACGGCGGAAUUGAGCCGCCCGUGACACGAUCAGAGAGUGACUUCGAUCCGCCGGCCAAGUAUCACGUGUCGGCCGAUGUGGAGUACCUGCGCUAUCUCGUCUCCUUCAUCAUCCAGUUCCAGUUUCACCAGGCGGUGUGCGAGAAGGCGGGCCAGUUCGUGCCCAAUGAUCCCGAGAAGACUCUCCUGAACUGCGACAUCUACCAGAGCACCGCGGCGGGCAAUGCCUUCAAGGAGAUGCUGCAGUUGGGCUCGUCGAAGCCCUGGCCAGAUGCAAUGGAACUCCUCACCGGACAGCGCAAGAUGGACGCCUCGGCGCUGAUUGAGUACUUCAGGCCGCUCAGCGAGUGGCUGCAGAAGAAGAAUAAGGAAUUGGGAGCCUAUGUGGGAUGGGAGAAGUCCACAAAGUGUGUGAAAAACUAAAGCGACAGAUUUUCCAAUAAAAAACCAUCCAUGAUUUCAA